AUGGCGGCUACCGGCUAUUCCCGCGCUGAGCUGUUCGCCCGGUGGGCUCGAUUCAAGGCGCUGUGCUCCAUGUCCAAGAACCCGCACGGCGUGGAUAAAGAAACACUACGCCACGGCAUCCCGCAGCUGUCGGUGGAGGACCAGUUCUUCGUUGAUCGGGCCUUCGACGUGCUGGAUAAGGACGGCUCUGGAGCGCUGGACUGGCCCGAGUUCAUCGCUGCACUGAGUGCUCUGGAGAAGGGCGACGCCUCUCGCCGCGUCGACUUCCUCUUCCACGCGUACGACCUCAACGGAGACGGCUUCAUCCAGCGACACGAAGUGCGGCUCUUCUUCUUGGCUAGUCUUCUAGUGCCGCAGACGCCCGAAGCUCUUGAGGUUGCACGCCAUGUCGUCGACAAGAUCUUCAGCGCUCUGGGCCGAGAACAGCACGACUCGAUCCGUGUGGAAGACGCGAUGGCCUAUCUGCACGAGCACCCGGCCACAGACGCGUACAGCUUGCUGGGACGUACCAUGGUCUCCAGCCCACCGUCGACACCCCUCGCAAAUGCAAGGCGCUCCUCGACCCAACCCAAAACUCUCACCGACAACGAAAUCAACGAAAUACACGUAGGAUGA